AUGCGUUUCACUUUGCUGUCCUCCGCUGCCUUCUGCGGCCUCUUCCUGAGCGUUGCUGCUGUCCCUAUUCGUAACGCCAUCCCUCGCGGCGAGGGCUACCUCGGAGAGGCCGCUCCCGGCGUCGCUGCUCCCGCUGCUCCGGCUCCGGCUCCGGCUCCUCAUGCUCCUGUCCCCAUUGCUGGAGCUGGUGCCCCCGGAACCGUCAACGAGAUCCCCACUGGCGUCGGUGCCGAUGGACACCCUUGCGGCGGACGUGGUGGAGACGGACUUGUCUCCGAGCUUACCGACGGAGUCAACACCAUCCUCUGUGAAGGUCUGGACGAGGAUCUGAGCCACGGUCUCCCCACCACUCUUGAGGCUGUUGGAGAUAUCCUGUAA